CUCCCCUCUCUCUCUCUCUCCGGGGGGGUCAUGUCGCGCGCGGCCGCCAUCGCCAGCUCACUCAUCCGCCAGAAGCGUGAACGCGAGAAGGCGAGCACGUGCCGCGGCGGGAGCCCGAGCAAGGGCGCCAACGAGCACGAGACGAGCACGCUGAGCGUCUUCUCGCGCGUCAAGUUGUUUGGAUCCAGGAAGAAGCGGAAGAGGAGGCGACCGCCAGAACCCCAGCUGAAAGGGAUCGUGACGCGGCUGUGCAGUCGCCAUGGUUACCAGCUGCUGAUGGACCCUGAUGGCAGCGUCCAUGGCACCAAAGAAGAAGACAGCGCCUACGCUGUGUUCAACCUGAUCCCUGUGGGUCUUCGUGUGGUGGCCAUCCAGGGGGUCCAAAGCAAAUUGUACCUGGCCAUGAACAGCGAGGGCUUCCUCUACACUUCUGAGCACUUCACCCCCGAGUGCAAGUUCAAGGAGUCUGUGUUUGAGAACUACUACGUGACGUACUCGUCCAUGCAGUACCGCCAGCAGGCGUCGGGCCGGGCCUGGUACCUGGGCCUCAACAAGGAGGGCGCCAUCAUGAAGGGCAACCACGUGAAGAAGAACAAGGCGGCCGCACACUUCCUGCCCAAACCCCUCAAAGUGGCCAUGUACAGAGAGCCGUCCCUCCACGACCUGACAGAGCUGUCCCGCUCAGGCAGCGCCACGCCCACAAAAAGUCGCAGCGCGUCGGCUCUACUUAACGGCGGGAAGACCCCCAGCAGCAACGACCUAUCCUAGCCCCCCGCCCCCCAAAACGGAUCUCAGGCGGCCACGCCCAGCUGUCAGGAGGAAGUGGGAGGAGCUUGAAGGAGCCACUGUGAUGUAAAUAGAGGAGAGACAAUCAGAGUUGACUCAGCUGAGAGUCACACACUCAAGACUGUUAACACAACCAAAAAAGUAUCUGUUGCUUGGAAACCACGUUUACACCCCAUUCCUUUCCUCGCAUGCAUGUGCGCGCGCAUGUCCGCCGUCUGUCCACACUUUCGCACUUUUUGAUCGUCGCAUGAGCGCUUGCUGACCAACCCUCCCUCCUCUUUGUAGCUGCAUGCCUUCCUGCUCGCACACGCUCCUCCACCAGAGGGCGCCAGGUGAGACACAGCGCUGGUGAAUGGGCCAAUGAGAAGCAGCCGGGUGACAUGAAUGGACCAAUAGGAGCACGCUGCCUUUUGUGGACUGGAAUAAAUUUUGUGCACAAGCUUUUGUCGGUAAAGUAUUUAUGUUUCAGAGUUGUGUGACAACAAUAUAAAGUGCAACAGUAAAGAAGA